AUGUGACGUCAUUACGUUUUUGAGGACCCAGCCCAACCCAACCGGAAGACAACAGAUUCUUUUUUUUAUCUUAUUGAGACGAUGCAAAUUUGCUACUGUCAAGGCUGAAUACUAACAAUAUUCUCGCCCAAAGGGAUACUAAUUAUUAAAAUGCCCUUAUUUGAUGGGUUGGGAAGUGGAGGAGAGAAGACUGCGAUCGUCAUUGACUUAGGAGCAGCAUUCACAAAAUGUGGCUUUGCAGGGGAAACGGGGCCCAGGUUCAUAAUUCCGAGCGAGAUCCGGAAACCGGGACAGCAACAGGCCACCAAAGUUGUUCAGUACAACAUCAACACAGAAGAGCUUUAUGUCAUCCUCAAAGAGUUUAUCCAUUUGUUGUACUUCAGGCACCUGCUGGUGAACCCUCGAGACAGAAGAGUGGUCAUCAUCGAGUCCAUCCUCUGCCCAUCUCACUUCAGAGAGACGCUCACCAAGGUUUUCUUCAAACAGUUUGAGGUGCCCUCAGUUCUGUUUGCUCCAAGUCAUCUCAUGGCCAUCAUGACUUUGGGCAUCAACUCUGCCCUGGUGAUGGACUGCGGCUACACAGAGACUCUGGUCCUGCCUGUUUAUGAGUGCACUCCUAUUCUGCCAGCCUGGGAAGCUUUGCCGUUGGGAGGGAAAGCCAUCCAUAAGGAAUUAGAUGCUCUUCUUGUGGAGCAGUGCACUGUGGACACAGACACCACCACCGGCCAGAGUGUACCAGCUGCCAUCGGGACCAUCCCAGAGGAGAUUGUGGAGGACAUAAAGGUGCGAACAGGCUUCGUCAGUGACCUGCAGAGAGGUCUCAAGAUCCAAGAAGCCAAGUUUAACCUGGAUGGUACGGCAGAGCGUCCAGCUCCUCCUCCAGACGUGGACUACCCUCUGGAUGGUGAGAAGAUCCUGCACGUCAAAGGAUCGAUCAGGGACUCUGUGAUGGAGAUCCUGUUUGAGCAGGACAAUGAAGAGAAGAGUGUGGCCUCUCUGAUACUUGAUGCCCUGGUCAAGUGCCCCAUUGACGCACGCAAAGUGCUCUCAGAGAACCUGGUGGUGAUUGGAGGCACAGCCAUGCUGCCGGGCUUCAUGCACCGUCUGCUGGCAGAGUUACGCCUCCUGGUGGAGAAACCCAAGUACAGCGAAGUGCUGGCCAGCAGGAGCCUGCGUAUACACUCUCCACCUGCAAAGCCCAACUGCACUGCCUGGCUUGGAGGUGCCAUCUUCGGGGCGCUGCAAGACAUCCUGGGCAGCAGGUCGGUGUCUCGGGAUUAUUACAACCAGACAGGACGCAUCCCAGACUGGUGCUGCCUGAGCUCUCCUCCUCCUGAAUCCUUCUAUGAAGCAGGAAAGACCCCUCCUCCGCUCAUGAAGAGAGCGUUCUCCACAGAGAAGUAGAACAUGCUGGAACAUAACUCAGUGUCCUCUACCUAAAAGAACAGUCCAGUAAUCCUAAAUGAAACCUCUAAACACAAAGCUUGUUCAUAUGUUAACUACACAAACAGCUCUAGAUGUUUGAAAUGUCUCUUAGUCACACCUACGUUUUAUAUGCACAUGUUGUGGACAGUUGGCUGAUCAGGUGUCUUGGUUUCUGAUCUCAACAGACAGAACAGAUUAAUUAUGGCGGUAGAAUUAAUAUUCAACGAGGAUUACAGUAUUUCAAAUAGUGUCAGUGCUACGUGCAGCUGUGUUUACUGUUUCAUGUCAAGUUUCAUUAAGGAAGACACCGAACCAUUAUGUGUUUAUUCACAUGUCUUCAUUUUGGAUUUUGUUUGCAGAUGAACUGAUAACAAAUUACAUACAUCGGAAAUGUUUCAAGUGAUAACAAAGUCAAGCUUAAUCCAUCUUUUUGUUUCAAUGUCCCAUGGAAUUUGAUAACAAAGUUAUUUAUUUAUUGGUUGGAUGUUGGAUGCCCUGUAUACUCACCCAGGUGUUCUGUUAUUCAAUGUUUUAAACAGCCUAUCAUGAUUCAGCAGGGUGAAGGUGUCCUGGGAGUUUUUAUUGACCAAACUCUGAUGCACUCCACCUCAGUUUUUCCAACAUGACAAGUGUUGUUUUAAACAUCGCCGACAUGAUGCCAUCUUGCUCUGUACCUUUGAAUUCAGUUAUUACAACAAAUAAAUAUUCAGAAUUCAAUCAA